CUGUUCUAAAACGCGGGCGUCUAGCCGCGUAAUCGCACGCGUAUACGUGAAACGUGAGGUUGCCGUGGCGAAUUAGUCCAAUUCGGUGACAUUAUACGGUGCUCCGAUUUUAGGCCGAGUAGCGCACUGAAUUUGAUAAUGCGGCCGCCUAAUGAAUAAUACAGUUGAUUAAAAGUUGUUUGACCCAAACUAUUUGGCCCAUUUAGAUAAAAAUUAAAAACCUUAUCUCUUUGUCCCGAGUAUCGAUUUGGGGUUUUUUCUGAAUUUUCACUCUUGUAAUUCUUAUCUGUGAUUUUUUGUUGUCAAUCGAAAGUGAGACAGAAUGAAUCAAGAACUCAUACAUGUCUGAUCUUCAUUUCCACCCUUACUGAAGUCAUUUCUCGGUGAAGAGGCGUCGGGAACUUUCUCUUCCUCCGAUGGCGCCUCGUCUUUUAUCUUGUUUCGGCGUCAAAGGAUCCUCAACUUCCACCACCGGAAAAGGCAUCUCAGGACAUAACGCUGCCGUCGUGGCUGCGGAUGUUCCCAUUGGUGACGGACCUGUUCUCGUUCAGCUCUUCUCGUCUCAGGGAUGUAAGACUUCUCCUGAGGCCGAGAUGCUCGUGUCCCGCCUUGGCCGUGGAGAUUUCAACGGUCAGAUUCGUCGUGAAGGUGGGUCUGGUUCUCCGGCUAUGGUUCUUGUUUUCCACGUUGAUUAUUGGGAUUACUUGGGGUGGAAGGAUCCUUAUGGGUCGAGCCAAUGGACGGUGAGACAAAAGGCUUACAUCGAGGCGUUGAAUCAAGAUACGAUGUUCACUCCGCAGUUUGUGGUUCAAGGUCGCGUCCAGUUCCUAGGCAAUGAGGAAGAGACUCUGCUCAAGUCCAUCGUCGAAGCGCCUAGGUUUCCUUCUCCGGCGUUUCAGGCUACAUUCCAAAGACCAACCUCAGAAACCCUUCAAGUAUCUCUAACAGGAGCUUUGAGGAUGAAAGUGGACUCGAGUGGGAUCGAUAUAAUGGUGGCGUUAUACGAGAACGGAAUAGUGACUGAUUGCCCUCGAGGAGAGAACUCGGGAAGAGUCUUGUCCAAUGACUACGUUGUAAGAAAGCUAGAAAAGUUAUGCACCGUUAAAGAUUUAACGGCCAAGAAAACGGUCUCGGAGACGGCGCAUUUCACGGUAUGGGAUGGGUUCAACAGUGCUAAAUGUGGAGUCGCUGUUUUCCUACAGAACACAUCUCUUCAAAUUUUUGGUACGCAGAGUUUUCAAUUGCCUAAUGAGAUUUGACCAAAAAAGAACAAACAAAAAUUGUGAAUCUAAAGGACAUUUUCCCUUUCUUUGUUCGUUCAUAUUUGUUUUAUUAAAUCAUAUGACUUUUUAAACUGCUGA